CACAGAGAUGCAGAUCUUUGUGAAGACCUUGAUGGGCAAGACCAUCACUCUAGAGAUCGAGCCCAGUGACACCACUGAGAAUGUCAAAGCUAAAAUCCAAGACAAGGAGGGCAGUCCACCUGACCAGCAGCGUCUGAUUUUCACGGGCAAACAGCUGAAGGAUGGCCGCACUCUGUCAGACUAUAAUAUCCAGGAAGAGUCCACUCUGCACUUGGUGCUUCGUCUGCGAGGUGGCAUCAUCGAGCCUUCACUAUGCCAGCUCGCUCAGAAAUACAACUGCGACAAGAUGAUCUGCCGCAAGUGUUACACUCGCCUGCACCCCCGUGCUGUCAACUGCCCCAAGAAGAAGGCCAAAUAA